AAAGAAAGUGAAAGUGUCUCGGACUUGAAGCGCUCGAUCGCUCUCGAGGCACUUUUACUUUAGUACUCGCUACACUUACACAGAUUCACGAUGUUCUGACGCCAGAAGAUGCAGAGCUUUUACAAUGUUCAGAUGCUUCAAUCUUCUGCUGCUGCUGUUUUGUCUCGUCAAUCAAAGCAAAACCCCCCCUGUAGGAUCCAACUCUGUGACAAGAAAAAAGGCGGACAGUUUCAGAUUGUCAUGUAAAGUUGAUAACAAUGAGAUUAUUUAUUUAAUCAGACAGUCAAAACACAUCCUUGUCUGUCAGAAUGAAGAAUGUGUGAAUAAGACUGAAAAUGUACAAGGAGUCUGUAAGAAAGGAGCCUGUGACAUCAUCAUCAAGGAUCUGAGCUUCAGAGAUGCUGGGAAAUAUAUUUUGAGAUUCAGUUCUAAAAAUGAUCCAAAAGAGGAGAAGAGACAAGAGGAGAAGACAUACAGACUUCAUAUUCAUGAUGAGGUUUCUGUGAAAAUCGGCGAGGAGCUGAAGUUAGAUGUUCUGUUGUCAGAAGCUGAUAAAUGUCAGCAUCAGAACAAAACCAGCGCAGCGUGGACGGAGGUCUGGAGCAGAAGUGAUGGAGUUCAGAGCAAUCGACUGACCGACACUGAUGGAAACAUUACCAUUAAUAACUUUACAGCCAGAGAUGCAGGAACAUACAGAGUUCUGGACACUAAAGGAGAAAUCUUGUUCACAGUCACAAUCACAGCUGAGAGAAACUCAGUGGAAAAUCUAGAAGAGAAUCAAAGGGGAAAACUGGACGACACUGAUAAACAGACAAUGGAGGAGGCCUGUGACCUAAUAGAUGCAGAGUCUGCGUAA